UGGCUGCUGUCUCACUCUCAGUACCGUCCGUGGGGAUGGACCCGAACGGUGCUGCGGGGAUUCCGUCGCUGAUAACGGAGAGGGAACGGACUUGUGCGGAGUUCGCCAGCAUUGCGGGCUGUGACCUGGCGGUGGCGCAGUGUUACCUGGCAGAGAAUGACUGGGAGCUGGAAAGGGCGAUUAACUCUUACUUUGAACCGGGAGUGGAGAGUCUUCCAAAGGAAGAGCCUUUAAGCAUUGUGACAAAGCCAUCAACAUCAGAAACCAUGUCUGUAACAGAUACGUGUAUUGACUUGACAGAUGAUUCACCCGUUGUUAUAAAGCAAGCACCAGUUGUGGACAAUCCGACUACACUGAACCAAGAAGACGAGAGCCACAUUACACUCCUAACCUGGAACGUUGAUGGAAUUGACCAAUCCAACCUUCCAGAGAGAGCUCGCGGGGUUUGUUCUUAUUUGGCAUUGUACAGUCCAGAUGUAAUAUUUUUACAAGAAGUUAUCCCCCUAUAUUAUGACUAUCUGAAGAAAAGAGCCAUCAGCUACACAAUCAUUACAGGAGAAGAAGAUGGAUAUUUUACGGCCAUAAUGCUGAAAAAAUCAAGAGUAAAGCUCAUAAGUCAAGAAAUUGUUCCAUUCCCAAGUACUGUUAUGAUGAGGAAUUUGCUGGUAGUAAAUGUUAAUAUUUGUGGACACAAUAUUUGCCUUAUGACUUCGCAUCUAGAAAGCACCAAAGAGCAUUCAAAUGAACGAGUGAAUCAGCUGCGCAUUGUACUGAAGAAGAUCGAGGAAGUACCUCCUUCAACCACUGUCAUCUUUGGUGGUGAUACAAACCUGAGGGACUCGGAGGUGGACAAAAUUGGAGGCUUGCCAAGUACCAUUUUGGACAUUUGGGAGUUCUUGGGGAAACCUGAACGCUGUCGCUAUACUUGGGACACAAAGUUGAAUAACAAUUUGAAAGCACGAUACACUUGCAGACUGCGAUUUGACCGUAUAUUCUAUCGCGCUGCGGAAGAUGGGAGCCAAGUUGUUCCUCAAUCUUUGGAUUUAGUUGGCACUGAAAAGCUGGACUGUGGAAGGUUUCCUAGUGAUCACUGGGGCCUCUUUUGUGAUUUUGAUGUCAUCUUGUAAACUUUUAGAACAAUGUCAUUAUUUUAAAGCUUAUUUAAUUAAACUGAUCUCUGAUUUUUCUGACAUUUUCUAUUCACUAUCAACUCUUUCAUCUGUAAAAUAAUGUUAUCUCUGGUGUCGAAGACUUAAAAUAUUUUUGAAGUACCUAUAAUAUUUGGCAUGUUAUUAUAGUCCUUAAAUCAGUUUUAUUUUAGUUUUUUUAUUUUAAAGAAAUAUUAAGCAAUUGUAUAAAAUAAAAUCAUUUUUUAA